GGGAGCUGCGGACUGUGGUUAAUCAUGGAUUCUGCCACUGCAGAGGGUACGGGAGAGGGUACGGCAGAGGUGGCCAUGUCCAUUGCCGCCGCCAACACCCGCCUGAGAGUGCCCGCCGGCUUCCGGAACCUGCUGGAGGGGCUGGCGCGGGAGGUGCUGCGGGAGCAGCCCACCGACAUUGUGGCCUUUGCAGCUGAGUACUUCCAAAGGCUGCUGGAGCAGAGAGAGGCUGGUGGUGUUGACCCGGUGGCGUGGGGAGCUAUGCUGGAGGAUGACCGUCGCACCUGGCCCCCUUCCCAGCACCGCCUCGCCGGCUGCCGGCUCCCGCUUCAGCAGCCGGCAACGCUGCCCGCCCAGGGCAUCAUUCCAGCAUCCAAUUCCCAUUUCUUUUAA